AUGACUCCUACACACCAAAUAGGCAAGGUGGCAUUGUCGAAGAUGACGUCUGUAUGCGCGUAUCCCAUGGACAAGUUGGACCUUGCCCACCAAAACAUGCGCACCCGACGGGCCGAAUUGGUGCUGCGGUGUGAUCGUUGCCAGCUGGCCCGCAGGAUAAAUAUGUUAAUUGCCCCAUUUAUCGAGCCUUACCCUCGACAUCACUACGUACCAUACCGGAGGACUCGCGAACCAACAUGGUUGGAAGCUCUGAACGACUGGAAGGUCAAAUCUGGGUCUCAAAUAAGAUGGAUCGAUGAACUCCGACGUGAAAAGGACAAUCGAGCUGUGCAUACAGCGACGCCCGUUUUGACCUGUGUCGUAUAUGAACGUCCUGCUGAGGAUGUCCAAAUGCAUUUGAGGUGUGCCUCUUGGAGCCCCUUGGAGGCGCUGAAUGGGGUCAAGAGUGCUGUGAAAGCAAGACUUGGAGCAAAGGUCUUGCUUAACAUUUACGGGCUGAUCGAGGACAACCGAAUAGAAGGAACGCAUAACCGGUUUUCGGUCAUGAACAUCAGUUAUACCUAUAGGCUCGAAUCCUGGGCCGCGACCGAGUACAGGGGCGAGGCAAUGUCGAAGCGAGAAGCUCAACAAGCGGCGGCCGAGAGGUUAUUGCGAGGAGAGAACUACUGCAUGUUCAUUGUCAACUCAAAUGCCAACGGGGCUCGGAGACAAUGA